AUGGUCUAUCUGCCCAUGUUCAGCGGAAACUUUAGAAAGAUUGCAAGAAGGAAUGGAAUGGUUCAUUAAGACUGUUUAAGAUAAAUGAAUCUUAAAUAUUAAAUAUAUUAAGCAUCUGCAUUCAAAAAUGAAACCCAUAUCACAUGUCUCAUUCUAAGUGCCCAAUCCCAAUUUUACAAUCAAAUGUCUACUUCUGAUACCAAUCAUUUCUGUUCAGUUUAAUCUCAAAUCUUUAUUGCUCCAAUUAACUUAUCAUUCACUAAGAAUAUGUUGAAGAAUAAAUCAAACUCCAACUAGAUGCCUUCAUUAAUCAACUAUAGAUGUACUAGACAUAAAUAGAAAUUCCCUUCUUGA